AUGCGAGAGAGUAUUUCGAAUCAUGUCACUCCUCAGUUGCCUGAACUAUCCACAAUGACAUCUAACAUUCGAAAAUUAAGUGUUAAAUUCAAUCAUGGUCAGUUAACAUCGUCUCACAUUAGAUAUCAAAAUCGUGCUGCAGCUGUAUAUGAUUGUACCGGAUGUUUAAAUGAUGCUAAUUUAGAUUUGAUUUGUCAUUUACAUAGUAUCUGCAAAAAACAGCUAUUAGGUGAUAUACAUGGUGAUUUGGAAUUGAUUUUGGAAAAACACAAUUUAAAAGAUUUAAUUGAAACACGUGAUGUUGAAAAAAUAGCAAAAGAAUUUUGUUCACAUUUUCUUAAACAACAGCUUGAUCAACAAAUUAAAAAUGACAUGAAAUUUCUUGAUUCUUUAUCAUCUAAUACUCAUACAACAGCCGUUUCAUCAUCAAAUGUUUUACAAUCAAUUCAAAAUGAAAUAACUUUACAAAUCGUCUCACCAUCACCAUCAAUUAAAUAUUUAACACUACCAACUGAAAAAGAAAACAAAAAUAAUAAUAAGGCAAUAAAAAUUAUUCAACCAUCAAAAGCUAUUCCUGUUAAAAUUCCACCUUUAGCUAUUACACAUAAACGUGCUGUUAACGAACAAGUGCAUGAUGUUUUACCAACAAAACAAUUAGAUAGAUCAGUUCAACCAAUAACAAUCACAAUUCCAAUUAUUUUUCCACCACAAGUGAUUUCAACAACUUCUAAUCAAAAUGUCAUAUCCAAUAUUUUAAAAGAUAAUGAUAUAUACAGAAAGGAUAUGUCUAAGUAUUAA